AUGCACUCUACCGAUGUGUUCAUAAGCCAUGCUGGCCCGGAUAAGCUACACAUCGCACGUCCCCUUUUCGAGAAAUUGCAAGCUCAUGGUUUAAAUUGCUUCCUCGACAAAAUCUCGAUGGAGCCCGGGGACUGCGGAGGGGAUGAAAUGACGAAGGCUAUGGAGUCUGCGAAGGUCGGUGUUUUCAUACUUUCUCCCGAGUUUGCGGCUCGAAAGUGGACGAUGAGGGAACUGCGUUGCUUCCUACGCCGACGGAGUGAGGCGAUAGGGAGUGGGAUGCGACCACCGACACUGAUUCCAGUGUUUUACAGACUAAGUAUUCGUGAAUGCAGAGAGUUGGAUCCAAAUGAUGAUGAAAGAAAGAAUAUGUUUGAAGUUGAGAAGUUUUUUAGCGACGAACGACAGCGCGAAGCGAGCACGGAUAUGGUGAAGAGGGAGCUACAAGAGCUGGCAGGUAUCACUGGGAUUGAAAAUGACGAAAGGGCAACAAACCUGCCCGGAGAUGCAUUCGGCCAUCUUGCAAGGGCAAAUCUUGUGGAGAGAGUAUUUCUGUGGGUGAAGAAGAAAUGUGAGGAGGAUUCAAGUGAUGAAGUGAGAGAAGUUUUGAAUGCAAGUGGCCAAGUUGGAACCCAAGCUGCCGUCACGUCCACCGCACGAUGUACGCUUGAUGUGUUCACGCCCUGUAUACACGCAGAGCACAAUCCCGACGAAAUAUAUUUGCAACUGAAUUCUCGGGGGAUCGAUGGAUCACCGAAUGCGUGUGAGGCGCAGCUAAAGGAGGCCGUGCUAAGUACCGAUAACAAUUCACAUGUAGGAGCGACGGCAACGGGGAAGGGAGGAGUCGGGAAGACAUGCGCUCUUCGAGCGAUUGCGCACGACGAUGACAUCAAGGCUCGGUUUUCAGGCGGAGUGUACUUCAUGUCUUUGGGGAAAGACGCCGACGUAGGGCGGCUGAUUGAGCAACUGUGUAUAGCCGUAGAGGCGUCUGGGGGCGACCAGGUGGCUGCGAAAAUGCGAGAGCAAAGCGAGUUGAGAAGGGUACUGACCAAGAUGCGAGCAUGGUUCAACACACGUGUAUGCCUGUUCAUUAUUGAUGAUGUGUGGGCCGUGAAUGGUAUAGAUGCGUGUAUUCUGCAGAAGUUAUCCAUUCUCGCUGACACAGCAGGAGACAGCCGAGAGAGGAGCAGACUUCUGUACUCCACGAGGGACUCAAAGCUGAAAUGGGUCGGUAAGCGAGUGACUUUCGAGCCGAGGGAAAGGGAAGGGAGCGAUUCAGUUCACAUGCUCAUGCUCGCGAGCGGGGCGAACCCGGAGGAAGCGAAUGAUCCGAGGUGCAAAGAGGCUGUGAGCAAAAUCUUGAAAUUGUGUGCUGGUUUGCCGCUGGCUCUGAACGUAGCCGGGACGGGUGUCAGGUACAUGAGAGAUAAAUGGAAGGGAGAAAAGUCACAAGCGUGGGAGGCAUACCUUUCGAAGAUGAAGAGCGGCACCACGAUUCGUAGUGAGAGUCCAGGGGAUGGGUAUUCGUCGUUAGACGCGACAUUACGUGCGGCACUAAAGAUUGUGGAGUCCGGCAUGGGGAGCGAUGCGGAGAGGUUAGGUCAGUUUUCGUUUCGAAAGAUACAUCGGAGUCUGUGUGUUAUGAAGAAGCAAGACGGGAUGCCUUUGUCGUUGGUAAGAGAUUUGUGGGAGAUGGACUACGAAUCGGCUGAAAAGUACGCGAUUCAGAUGGAAAGGGUUGGUUUAGUAGACCUUCAUUACGACAAGGAUUGUGGGUGGGUACGGAUACAUGAUCUGACGCACGAUUUUGCGGUGCAGGAGGCGCGGAAGGAAGAAAGUGUAACGGUUUGGUAUAAGAAGUUGGCAGGUGUAUGCAGGCAGGGAAGAGGACUGCUUGGUAUGACUGAGAGCGAGGGCAGAGAGAGCAAGGAUGCCAGAGAGAAGUAUGUUUUCGAGAAUAUAUAUCGCGUUCUGAGACAGGGCGGGUGUGUGAAGGAGCUGAAGAAUCUAUUAUUGAGUGCGCGAUGGGUGAAGGCAGUGAUACAGAGAGGAAGUGUGCGGCAAUACGAGGAAACUGUAAAGGAUCUCAAUAGCUGUUUGAGGUUCACGGGAGGAAGCAAGAGCCUUAGGGAUUCAGGAGAAGGAGAUUCGAUGUAUGCGAUGGGAUUGAUGAUGAGAGCUGCACGACUGAGUGUACCUUUUUGUGGUGAAAGCAGUGCAGGGAUUUACUUUCAACUGUACGGAAGAAUCAAGCACAGGGCAUCAGAAUUAGGUAGCGUGCAAAGGAUACUCGAUGAAAUCGAGGAACACGCGCCACGACCAUGGGUGCGGCCUGUGAGUGAAUGUGUAGGGCGAGCGGGAGGAAGUUUGGUGGAGCUGAUUGUGCUUCCGACUACCGCUCACGGAGUCGGCAUGGACUCAACGGGUGCCGUGUAUGGACGCUAUUCGAAUUCGCGCCGUACCAGGAUCACAGUUUUCACACAGUCUCCGGACAAGGAAAUGAAGAUGACUGACUUAGGCAACGACUUUGAAACGGGGAGCCGGAAAGUAACGUGCGGUUGUGUCAGUAUGAGCAAACGCUAUGCGGUUAUCGGAUAUGAUGAUGGGACACUACAGUUCUGGAGUGUAUCGAAAAAGAAAGUGUUGUGGAGUGUCUGCGGUCAUGAAUCGUGGGUGUGUAGCGUUGCGAUGAGUGGUGAUGGAAAACGUGCAGUAUCUGGAUCGGAUGACAUGAGCGUACGAGUUUGGGACGUGGACACAGGACUGCGAAUCGGCGACGCAUUAACUGGACACACGGGUGCGGUGGAUAGAGUUGCGAUGAGUGGUGAUGGAAAACGUGCAGUAUCUAAAUCAAGAGACGGGAGCGUACGAGUUUGGGACGUGGACACAGGACGGCAAAUCGGUGACGCAUUAACUGGACACACGGGUGCGGUGUAUAGCGUUGGGAUGAGUGGUGAUGGAAAACGUGCAGUAUCUGGAUCGUACGACAAGAGCGUACGAGUUUGGGACGUGGACACAGGACGGCAAAUCGGUGACGCAUUAACUGGACACACGGAUGCGGUAGCGAGCGUUGCGAUGAGUGGUGAUGGAAAACGUGCAGUAUCUGGAUCCUGGGACAAGAGCGUACGAGUUUGGGACGUGGACACAGGACGGCAAAUCGGCGACGCUUUAACUGGACACAUAGAUGCGGUAGCGAGCGUUGGGAUGAGUGGUGAUGGAAAACGUGCAGUAUCUGGAUCGCACGACAAGAGCGUACGAGUUUGGGACGUGGACACAGGACUGCGAAUCGGCGACGCAUCAACUGGACACACGGAUGGGGUGGAGAGCGUUGCGAUGAGUGGUGAUGGAAAACGUGCGGUAUCUGGAUCGGAAGACGGGAGCGUACGAGGUUGGGACGUGGACACAGGACUGCAAAUCGGCGACGCAUUAAUUGGACACACGGGUGGGGUGGAUAGCGUUGCGAUGAGUGGUGAUGGAAAACGUGCAGUAUCUGGAUCCUGGGACAAGAGCGUACGAGUUUGGGACGUGGACACAGGACGGCAAAUCGGUGACGCAUUAACUGGACACACGGAUGCGGUAGCGAGCGUUGCGAUGAGUGGUGAUGGAAAACGUGCAGUAUCUGGAUCCUGGGACAAGAGCGUACGAGUUUGGGACGUGGACACAGGACGGCAAAUCGGCGAUGCAUUAAUUGGACACACGGGUGUGGUGUAUAGCGUUGCGAUAAGUGGUGAUGGAAAACGUGCAGUAUCUGGAUCGUACGACAAGAGCGUACGAAUUUGGGACGUGGACACAGGACUGCAAAUCGGCGACGCAUCAACUGGACACACGGAUGGGGUAGCGAGCGUUGGGAUGAGUGGUGAUGGAAAACGUGCAGUAUCUAGGUCGUCUGACGGGGGCGUACGCGUUUGGGACGUGGAGAAAGGGAGUUCAGUUCAUCUCGGAAAGUGGAAGGACUGGCGAGAUAUCGUGGAGAGAUUUCUGAAUGCAGAGGACGUCUCUCGCACUGGACAUCGGCGCAAAAGGCGCAACGUUUUUGAGAGCGGGGGGAAAAUCGUGCAUGAGCGAGAGGAUGGCUCUGAGGCUGUUUUGGUGCAGCUGGAGAGUACGGUAACCUGGUGGGAGGUAGACGAUAAUCAUGGGGUCUUUGUUGCAGCGGCCGGAAACCAGGUGGCUAUUAUGAAGCUAGUGGUCUAGGUGUGUAUAGGUCUAGGUGUGUAUAGGUCUAGGUGUGUAUAUUCUACUUCCCUUGUCCUCUCGGCCAGACACAGACGUUUCUAUUGUACGGUACGUGGUGGCAGCUGUGGUGGGGAUAGCCUGUUUGGUUUUUUUACAUGUAAAGUCUUGAGAAUUCCGGUUUAUUGACCGCGUCGUCUGGAA